AUGGGAAAUGAAGAAUUGAGUAGUGCUUUUGGUUGGGUAUCCAUAGCAUGCUGGAUUGUGGUCUACUCGCCCCAAAUAUGGGAAAACUACCAGCUUCAAUCUGGGGAGGGACUGAGCGUUGCGUUCGUUGUUGUCUGGCUCCUCGGAGAUUUGUGUAACCUUGUUGGAGCUUCAAUGGCGGGUCUACAGGCAACAGUCAUCAUAAUUGCGAUCUAUUAUUCGCUCUGCGACGUGAUCCUUCUUGUGCAGAUAUACUAUUACCGAUACAAGAGUCGUGCACGACGAAUAGUUCCUGCACCCAGGGUAGUCUUGCACACAGAAGACAGGGAGCGAGCGCCGCUCCUCGGAUCGCGCGUCUACGAAGACGAUUGCACUUCGCAGAAAACCACAGCUUCGACGGCAGGAGAGGGUAAGAAUGAAGACAAGUGGUACGGAAGAGCGGCACUCCGUUAUUUACUCGCGCUUCUUUUUGUAUUUGGUGUGGGGACAGCAGCGUGGGGGAUCAGCUGGCGAUAUGGGGUUGGAGUUGGGGAUGGUGGUGGAGGGGGACAUGAGGGCGCGGGCGCCGGACGAGGUGCAGGGCCGGCGAGAGAGAAGGAUGUGAUUGAGUGGAGGAGCCAGGUUAUUGGGUGGACGAGUGCCGUUUUGUAUCUGGGCUCGCGGAUACCUCAGAUCUUGAAAAACACGAAAACACGGUGCGAGGGACUGUCACUGGCACUGUUCAUGUUUUCUAUUGCGGGCAAUGUGACAUACGUGUUGUCGAUAUGCACUGCGUCAAUGGGCGCUCGGCAUCUCAUUGCGAAUGCGUCGUGGCUUGCAGGGAGCGGGUUGACUGUGUUCCUGGAUGUAUUUGUGUUGUGCCAGUUCUUCUACUUCCGUCGGGAGGAUGCAGGGUACUUGAGAGCUGAGAUGCCAGAGUAA